AUGGGUAUCGAAGAUCAGAAAGAAGAGCGCGAGGUGCUCGAGUCUAUCUUUCCCGACGAGAUCACAGGUGAUGUUUCCGAGACAGAGUUCCGAAUCGCAAUAACGCUCGACGAUGGCCGCCACGAAGACGUUGAAACAGAAGAAGAGCAACCUGUCAUCAUCCUAAAUGUCUCCUACCCGCCCAACUACCCCGACGAAGCCCCCCGACUCGACGUAACACAACCGCCCAACGCGCCACGACACCAAUACCUCGACAUACAAGAAGACAAGCAACGCCUGCUAGACUCGCUCACGGAGACGAUAGAAGAGAACCUCGGCAUGGCCAUGGUCUUCACCCUCGUAACCGUCCUCAAAGACAGCGCCGAGCUGCUCAUAACGGAGCGCCAAAACGCGAAGCAAGCCCUCGUCGAUAUCGCCAAGGCCAAAGCCGAGGAGGAAGAGAACAAGAAGUUCCAGGGUGAGGCGGUCACACGAGAGACGUUCCUCGCAUGGCGAGAGAGGUUCAGGAAGGAGAUGGGGGAUGAGAAGAGGCGGAAGGAAGAGGAGAAGGAGCUGGAGGAUAAGAAGAAGAGGAUUGUCAAGGAAGAGAAGAAGUUGACGGGUAAGGAGCUGUGGCAGCGGGGCUUGGUCGGCAAGGUGGAUGAUGAUGAGGACGAUGACGAUGGUGUAGACGGAGUGGAUGUAGGGAAGUUGAAGAUUGACGCGGCUUCAUAG